AUGGAAGAAACAAGAGGUUGUGCAACACCAAUGAUCGUUGCACACAAGAGAAACAGGCAUACCCUACUCAAACGAUUAAUCGAAUCAAUUGCAACCAACACCUAUACAAAUUUGGAUGGUGUCAAGAAUUUUAUAGUCUUCUUCUUCUUCUUCUUCUUCUUCUUCAUCCUAUUCCUCAUCUUCGUCCUAUUCUUCAUCCUCUUCAAAAUGAUAAUUGAUUAUAUUAAAUACUUGAACAAUGCAUUGCACUGCUAUCAAAUACAUACUGUACGUGCCAUCUACCAUCAAAUACCAUGUACCAAGGUUGGUUCAAGCAAUCCAUCAAGUUGUGUAGAUAUUCAAGUGUUGACCGUCAUACCAAAUCAAUUACCCAAAUCACCAAUGUUAUAUGUCAAACUUCAAGAGAAGGUUUAUUUUGUCGAGUCAGACCCGAACCAAGUACUUGGAUUAUAA